GAGAGUUUAAUUUGGCUUACAGUCGAUCGAGAAGAUGCACUUGACCAAGCCAACGCUACUCCUGCUCGCCCUAACCAUCAGCACCGGAUGUGUUCUGGCCAAGCCGGAGCCACAACUCCUUGAGGGAUUGUGGAACGGACUGGGGGAGGCCGGCCAGAAUAUCAUCGACGGUAUCGUUGGUGCCGGGAAGAACGGAACGGCCAUAGCUGAGGACUUCCUGGACAGCCUGAAGAACUCCACCUCUCAGUUCGCCCAGGAUGCAGCCAAUUUUGGGGAACAGAUCGCCCAUGCCCUCCACAAGGCUGCCGCUCAAUCACUCUCAGAGUUCUCUUCUUUGGUGCAGUCCGUACUACAGAUUCUACGUGGUGCCAACCUGAAGGGGACCGACCGAGUUAGGCGCAACGCCCUGCAAAAAGCCCUGAACGCUCUGGAAAUAAUCAAUUCCACGACAGUGGACCUGGAGGCCUCACUGGCCGAUAUUAGCGAGCAGCUGGAAGAGCAGAGGCAAGAGUAUGCCGGGGAAAUCAAGGAGCAGUGGAAUGACUGGGCAGCCGACCAGCUGGAGCGCGUCGAUGAGAAGACCGACGGUGCUGGCAGCGCCGACGCCGAGGCCAUCAUCGACGAGCUGCAGAACCGCUAUUCGGCCUAUCUUCACAGCUGCCUGGAGGAGUUGCAGGUUCGCCAAGGACAGUACGAGCAGAAAGUCCACGAAACCAUCUCCAUUUUCCACACCGCCACCAACGAUCUGAUCGGAAAAAUCGAUAACUGCCUGAAGCGCACUUCCGGACCCAUCUCAUGCCGCAGGGGCAUCAAUGAGGCCGUCGCCCAGCUGCAGGAUGCACCCGGCGAGCUAAUCAGCCUAAAGUUCCAGGGUCUGCAACUACUAGCCGUAGGUCUCGAUGCCGCUAGCUGUGUAGGCCAAACCCUGGCAGAUUAUGAGCUUGAGAAGCCUAAUGUGGAGCGCCAGCUGGAGGAGAUCAUUGAGCGUUAUCAGGAUGAGAAUUCCACCACUGGAGAGGACUCUACCACCGAAGUAUAUAGCACAUCAUAACUACGUGUCAAUAUAAGUAGGUGUGGGGUAUAGUGCAGCAAAAAAUUUAAAAAAAACACUUUCAAUGCAACAAA